CCGCUCUCGUUCCUGCCCGGCCGCCUGCGCCUCUCCCCGGUCCUCCCGCCGCGGCCAUGCCGGCUUUCCCCUUCUAAAGAUGGCGGUGGGGAAUCGCUGCAACCUUUAGACUCAUGACUGUCAGAAACAUCGCCUCCAUUUGUAAUAUGGGCACCAAUGCCUCUGCUCUGGAAAAAGACAUUGGGCCAGAGCAGUUUCCACUCAAUGAACACUACUUUGGGCUGGUCAAUUUUGGCAACACGUGCUACUGUAACUCCGUCCUGCAAGCCCUGUACUUCUGCCGGCCAUUUCGGGAAAAUGUGCUGGCAUAUAAGGCCCAGCAGAAAAAAAAGGAAAAUCUUCUGACUUGUCUAGCAGACCUUUUCCAUAGCAUUGCUACACAGAAGAAGAAGGUUGGGGUGAUUCCUCCCAAAAAAUUCAUCUCAAGGUUACGGAAGGAGAAUGAUCUCUUUGACAACUACAUGCAGCAGGAUGCUCACGAGUUUUUGAACUACUUACUAAACACCGUUGCCGACAUUCUGCAAGAGGAGAAGAAGCAGGAGAAACAAAAUGGCAAACUGAAAAACGGAAACAUGAACGAAGCAGAAGAGGACAACAAGCAGGAGCUCACCUGGGUGCACGAGAUUUUUCAGGGAACCUUGACCAAUGAAACGAGAUGCCUGAACUGUGAAACUGUUAGUAGCAAAGAUGAAGAUUUUCUCGAUCUAUCUGUUGAUGUAGAACAGAACACGUCAAUAACUCACUGUUUAAGAGACUUCAGCAACACAGAAACAUUGUGUAGCGAACAGAAAUACUACUGUGAGACCUGCUGUAGCAAACAGGAGGCUCAGAAACGGAUGAGGGUUAAGAAGCUGCCAAUGAUCCUUGCCUUGCACCUGAAGCGGUUCAAGUACAUGGAGCAGCUACACCGGUACACCAAGCUGUCUUACCGGGUGGUCUUCCCUCUGGAGCUGCGACUCUUCAACACAUCGGGGGAGGCCAUCAACCUGGACCGCAUGUAUGACUUGGUGGCUGUUGUCGUUCACUGUGGCAGUGGCCCUAACCGUGGACACUAUAUCACCAUUGUGAAAAGUCACGGCUUCUGGCUUUUGUUUGAUGAUGAUAUCGUAGAGAAAAUUGAUGCACAAGCUAUUGAAGAAUUCUACGGCCUGACUUCUGAUAUAUCAAAAAAUUCAGAAUCUGGAUAUAUUUUAUUUUAUCAGUCAAGAGAAUGAUUGAGAAGACUGUGACUUUCUCCGUACUAGAGGGGAUCCUGACCAACACUGUUAACUGACUACUCCAUAGACCCAUCCAAUACAGCCCAUGCAGGAACAUUGCUUAAUUAUUGACUCAAACUCCUAACUUAUGACUGGAAAAUUCUCCCAUCCUAAGUUAUCAAGAAGAAAGAAAAAAUGUAUAGAGACUCAUUUCAUCAGCUGAAUCCCGCUGAAUUGAGUUAUAAUGUUGGAUAGGUGUUUGCAUCACCAUUAAGGACCAUUUCUUCACUAUUUCUGAAGCUCCAUUCCUUUUCACCAGUGAUUUGCAGACAGUCCUGUGUGGAGUUCUUGAGUUUCUUAGAUGCUUCAUGAGUGUUCCUCAACAAUAAGAUCACACAUAAUGAGAGCAAUCUAUAAGGUAGCUGCUAAGGUCCCUAUCAGAGCAGGUGGCUGAUCAUUGAUCCCCAGAAGGAUGGAGAGAGGAAGGAAGGAGCGUUUAAAGAAGCAAGAAUAUGUUCCUCUGCAAGGAAUAGGACCAGCUGAAGAUUUUCACUCAAGCCACCUCUCCCAAAUAAGAAACUAUAAUUGAUACCAAUUCCUUAAAGCAACAUUUCUCAGCCUGUAUACUUCUAGAUGCUUUGGGCUGCAACUUCCUUCAUCCUUGAACUUUUCACAUGCUGUUGAGGGCCAGUGGGAGUUAUUGCCUAAAACAUCUGGGGCCCCCAGCUCAGGGAAUGCUGAUUUUUUCCAUCUGAUUUGCCCCAUAACUAUAGUACUGAUUUUUGACUGAAGGUGUAAGUGUAUUUUAAAGUGCACACAUGCCGUUUUUAAUUGCUGAAUCCCAGUGAGCCUAGCCAGCACAUUAUAUAAAUGAGUUUAAAGGGGUCUUGUGCUAAGUGCUUAUGAAAAGUGAGCAAUGGAUGCGAAAAGGGUUUUUGUGUCGUAGGAAAUCUGAAAUCACUGCUUUAAAGGUAACUGCUGCUCAUGAUAGGGGGAAAUGAAAGGUAAACAUUUUUCCCAGGUUUCCCGAACUGGGAUUGGACGUGGAUUAUUUCACAUGGUAUCCUCCUUUAGAAAGCUGUUCUUCCCCUGAUCCUUCUAAGCCUUGGGUUAUUGGAAAAGAAAUCGAAUUGGCAACUUUAAGACAUACCUUCACUCAAAGGGAUUUUGGUCUUUCUUGAAUCAAAUCAUGCUGUGGAUCCAAUUUCCCUGGAUUUAUUGUUCAUUGUGGGACAGCACAGAUGAACCAAGCUGGCCGUUCGGAUUCUAACCUAAUAAAAGAUUUAGGAGAUUUGGCACUAAAGAAGAGGAGAAGCUAUUUCUCCAUAUUAGUUUCAUUGCAAAAGUUACAGCUUUGUUCCUCACCCAAAGAGAUACCCAAAAUUUGGUUCUUGCUUGUUCAGAUCUGUGCUUGUAUCAGUGUCAUGCACGUUGCCCAAGAGUUAUGGUCCAGUUAAGCAAUAAUGAUCACAAUCCAAAGUUCCAUAAGAUUUAAACACACAAGCAGAAUCCCAUAUGGGCAGGGAUUUUCAGUUCUCUUUUGGAAGAUUCAACAAGUGUGCAUAUGAGAUCCUGCAUGCUGCUAGAUUUAAUGGUGCUGGGUUCUACAGAGUGCUAGAUUUCAAUAAAUUUCCUAGACUGCACAGAGGGCAAAAUGGGAUGGCAUCUUCUGGAGUUUCCCAGGUUCUGUAGUAUAUUUCACAUUUGCAGUAAGAGCCAAUUCUUAGGUUGUCUCUUUGCAUUUCUGUGUGACCAAGAAAUUGAAAUUUGGACAAGUAAAAUAGAUUCCAGUUUUGAAUGCUCCCUUUCAGUUCAGUGUGAUAAAGUAAAUGGAGGAUAACUGGCAAGAUUGCUAAGGGAGGGACAGUACCACUGAUACUUGAGUGCUUUUCAGUGCUAAAAGGUAAAUUUAGCAUCAAUACUUUUGGUGUCCUUAUAAUCCUGCCUGAACUUUCUGUCCUAAGAACUAGAGGGCUGGUUUGCAGUGGUCCCCAUCAUGUUGUAUGUCAUAGAAUGGGCUGCAAUUGACAAGUGGGCUAUGAAGAUACAAAACUAUCCUUCCUUCAAAACUAUAUGGUCACUACAGGUGCAGGACAGCUUUAGUUCUGACCCCAAAUACGUUCCUGAAUGAACCCUUGCACUUUCCUCCUGUAGACGUGAAGAACUGGCAAUCAGAUCCAAGGGAAAAAUAAAAUGCUGUAGUACCUUUGAUGUAGCAGCUAAAUACUGGGCUAUCUUCAUGCAUCCCCAGCAGAACCUGUCAUUUUUCUGAUGUGAUAAUUAAAAUCAGUCCUCUUUGCAGGGAUGAACCAUGAUUAGAAUCAACUGUCCUGAAUAUUAGCUACCACAAAUUUGUGAUCUUUUUAUGAUAACUUCCUUAAUAACUAUAAAUAAAUAAAUAACUAUAAUAAAUAAAUAACUAUAAAUAAAUAAAUAACUAUAAAUAACUAAAGAGGAAAGGAAAGGACUUCUAGUUUGCUAAAUUAAUGGCUCUAAAAUUAGGGUGUUGAAUUGUCUUUACUGAUAACAUUUAAGUGGUGGUGUACUGCAUACUAGGAACAGAUGUUGAUUCAAGCAAAUAGGGGUGUCCAUAAGAGAUCAAAAAAGUAAAAAAUGGCAACCACAUAAAAAUUGGGUAGAUGGCUGCCACUUUGAUUUUUUUGACCCCUUCCCCUGGAUGCCCCUUCCAGCAAAAUAGAGGACAUAGAAUGGAAUCCAUUGAACUCGCGUGCAAGAGGUCUGUUGGAUUUGUGGAUCUAGGUAGGGAUCUAUGUUUCAAUUCAAGAGAAGAAAUUCUAGAAGGGACACAAGCUCACAGCAUUUCUUCCCCGUGGAAGAAAGUGCAUGUAAUUAUUAGAAAACAAGACUGUUUAGCGCUUUCUGACUAGAGAUCUAACGUGACUUACUGCUGUGCUGCUUAUCCCCUCGUUAAUUACUGUUGGAGUUUUCAUCUUGGUUUGUCUUCUGAGAGAAAAUCCUCCUUUGGUGCAUGUAGUAGUUACCUUUUUCACAUAAUGAGGAUUUUAUAGAAUUAGUUCUUGCUAGAUCUUGCAUUUUGAACAUCAGAAGAAUUCUGUGAAGCACUUUACUUUGGUGAAGAACCAAAUCAGAUACGUUUUUAUCUUUAAGAUCCAGUUAAAUGUUUAUUUCUCUUGUGAUCCAACAGAAGAAAACCAAGUCUAACUUUCAUUGGUUCAUCCAGCUCUGCAUACAGACACCAAUAUAUUGUCAUGAAAUGGUGACUCUCAGCUCAAUUCCAGGUCAGGCAUAAUGAUUUUAGCAAGUAUUGCACACAUAUUUCCCCAAAUGUCCAUGUUCAGAAGAACUAGAAAUAUAUUUUUUCUGUUUCCCAAAGAACAAGCAUAUCUCAUACUGGCAUAAUACUGUCGAAGAUGCAAAGAUAGCAUAUACUAAGUGUGGAAUAUAACUUACAAGCCCUAGUGUACAGCUGAAAUAAAAAGACAUAUAGUAUUCAUAUCAAAAAGACCUCAGUUUUUAUCUGUAGCUCAUAAGCCACAGAGAAUCAUCCAUAUAUACAGACACAUCACUUGAUUAUUCAGUGUUCAAUUGCUGGCAGCUGAACAUGUGAAUGGACUCAGGCCUGCUUGAGAUAAAAUGAGAAACUAGGAUGUCACGCUGUACACUUCAGGUUUGCAUUCUUUUUUAUUUCCACUGGGGCCAAAAGGAACAGAAAACGGGACCCCAGUUCCAGCUUAAACAAAUCAUAGUUCCCCAGGAUAUAAAACUCUUAAGAAUUAUACUUCAUUUAAAUUAUAGUUAGGGAGCCAGCUAAGAUGGUUUGAUCCUGAUUUGAAUUAGAGUUUUAGAGAAAUCACUUUCUGAGUUUGAAUAUACAGGGGAACUGUGGUUUGUUUAAAACCGAACACGGCCUUUGGUCUCCCCCUGCAAUAAGAGAGGAGUGGGUGGGAAAGGGACGGGUUGCUCCUAAAAUUGAUCAUGGCUCAUUUACUUGGCAGGAAACUAUGGUUUCCUGUGUCAUCUACAGGCCUCUGUAAGCAUUGUACUUGAAUCUUUGAUGUGAAAAUUGUAUAUCUGGUGUCCAUUCACACAUGCAAAGAACCCCUUGAUGUAGCAGUCAUCAGGCUACCAGCAAGCCUGUGUAAACCAGUUCACAGCUAGUGUAUUCCCGAUCCACUUCUUGCAUCAAAGGGCAUAAGCACGAUGCUGCUUCUUACGUAGGUACUGAAAUGAUAAACGAUGAUGACCCUGUUUCACCAGGAACCAGAAUCAAGGAGGUUGUGUGCACCAAAGGACACCUGAGCGAACAGGCAGUGUAGCGUUGACCAUGAUGGGGUUGGGGUGUUGUCCUUUUGUGACUAAGACCUUUCGCUUGCGUUGCUACAUUGCACAGCAUUUUCUGAGAUGGAGCCAUCACUUUUCUGGCUGGCCAGCUCUCUGGUUGUGAUGAGUAAAUGCACUUUCUGGUUUGGUGUUGAUCAAUGUAAUACAGAUGUUUUGUAUGCUGCAAAGGUUGCUGCCAAACAUUUUUAGAAUAUCUGUUCAACAAUUUUUUAAAAAAAAUUUAAAAAGCUACCCUUGCUGCAUAACUUGAAUAUUUGGAGUGGAUGUUUUAUGAACAAGUUUUGCAUUACUGGAGUUUAAAAGAAGAAAAGGUGAAAAUUGGGAGCCAGGGUACAUUUGUGACUUACAGUGAAUAAGAUAUUAUUUUUGUGCUAUAUAAGAAAGCUAGAAGAGCGAAAUAACACUUAAAUAUAAUAUACCAAUUCCACGUUUGUCUUUCUGUUUCUCUGUCUCACAAUUUGAGGAUAAUAAAUUAUGGCAUUAUUAUUAUUA